AUGCAACAAAUUUGCUCAUGCUCAAGCAAAUCAACCAAUCAGUGCACUGCAUUUCUUCAACACGCAACAAAUGUUUUUGUUGCGUGACAAGUUGAUUGGGCAAGGUGAAAUACGCGAAACAUCGACCCAAAAGUUGCAACAAAACAAUGUUGUGUGACAAGUUUAGGGUUUUUGUAUCUCAUAUCUCACCUCCGUAACACUGAAAGCAGGUGUAACAUGAAAAAGAAAGAAGGGAGAAGGACAAGGGAACAGGGGGAUAGACUGUGAUAGAUUGGUAUCCUGUCCAAGGGGAAUGAAAAAUACUCCUGGUCACUUCAUGUUAUAGAAAGCAGGAUAAAGCACUGGGAAAAAAUAUGAGCCCUCUAACUGCCCAGAAACUCUGGAAUGAGUUUUGUCAUUAAUGUGUGGGGUUAUAGCACAAAUGGUAGGGAUCAAGGACUAGGUUUCCCAAGGGUUUCCUCUUUCCUGAAAAUGCAUUUCCCCAGUAUUUUGUAACAUUUUUAUUUUGCUAGUUUUUCAAUAUUGGUUUUCAGUGAAAGUGGUCUGCAAUAGCAACAAACAAGUGAAGGGAGAAAACCCUUAAAAAUAAACAUGAUAGUUUUGUUUUAUGAAAGUCUGUUUGAAUAAUAUUAGACCUUUUUCCAUUUUUUAAAUUGAAGUAAGCCAAGUGAAAACCGAGCUACCAACACAAAAGAACUGUCCAAAUAUGCUGUCACCUAUGAAUGAUAAUGGUACAUGUGUCUUCAGUGACCACUGCAGCAAAGUCGUAUGCACAUCGCCGCCAGACGUUGAUACUGGGCCAAUUAGCCAUAUGGCUGUACAAGCCUUGGUAUGCAAUCAAUCAGUGAAAGCCAAUGUUAGCUUGGAGUCAUCUUCAGUGAAGUGGUCGCAUACAUUUAAAGAUGGCGAGAAAGUUGCUCUGCCGGAUGCCAUGAAACCAUCUGAUGCCCCUGCCAGUAUGAAACAAUUCUUGAUAGUUGAAUUGGAGAAACAUGGUCCAUACAACACGGACGUCCACUUUAAGUUAGUGCUAAUGUUUGAUUUUGGAUAUAUGAAUUACAACACCACUUUCCUUGAAGGAAAUUUAGAGGCUGCUGAAUGUGAAUGCCAUGUGACUGUGUUUCCAACACCAAUGAUAUCUGGUGGGGAUGAAGAGGACUGUCCAGAUAUUCAAUUGCCAGAUGGCAGCGAUGGCACAUGCUACCUCGAUAACCAUUGCAGCAAAGUCACAUGUUUGUCGCCGCCAGACAGUACUGGGCCAUUUAGCCACAUGGUCUUGACUGUACAAGCUUAUGGAUGCCAUCAUCAACCAGUGAAAGCCAAAGUUAGUUUGGAGUCAUCCUCAGUGAAGUGGUCGCAUACAUUUAAAGAUGGUGAGAAAGCUACAAUGCCUGACAAUAUGAAACCACCUGAUGUUCCUGCUGAUAUGAAAAUAUUCCUUGAGAUGGAAUUGAAGAAAAAUGGUGGCAAAGUUCACUUCAAGGUACAAAAAAUAAUAUAUUUUAAGGCAGCUUAAGGCAGUUUGUUUAAC